AUGCGUCAAGUCCUCCUUGGCAGCUUCGUUCUGUCGGCUGCUCUAUCAGCUAACGCAGCUCCAACCACCACUGGUUCUAGCUGUCUCCCUGUUGUUGACUUGGGAUACGAACUCCAUCAAGCUCUCUCCUACAACAGCACCAACCAACUAUACACAUUCCAAAACAUUCGAUACGCCCAGUCCCCCGUCGGAGACCUUCGAUUCCGCGCUCCAGCUCAUCCAAAAACCAACCGAACUGCCAUCCAGACAGGAUCCGAGUUGCGAUUCUGCCCUCAGGGUGUUCCAGUUUGGCAGGGUGAUGCAUACGGGCCAAUUGGAAAAUAUUCAAACCCAGCCAACCCGUUCAGUCUACAGAUUUGGGAAACGAGCAUCCAAGAUGGCCUGCCACCACCAGUUGAUUGGAAUAAAGGCGCCAGUGAAGAUUGUCUCUUCCUUGAUGUCCAUGUGACCAAGAAGACACUACAAAAGGCUGGUACGAAGGCAUGUGGAGACGGAGGAUCCCCUGUGCUUGCCUGGAUCCACGGAGGUGGCUUUGUCCUUGGAUCCAAGACUGGAACACCCAACCCUGGCUACGACCCAGUUGGCCUUUUUCAACACGCUGCCGCAAACUCCGAUGACGGCCUCGUCUUUGUCGCUCUCAACUAUCGUCUAGGCGCUGUUGGAUUCAUGGGCGGUCCCGAUGUCGAAAAAGACGGCAACCUCAACGCCGGCCUCCUCGACCAAAAAUUUGCACUGCAAUGGAUUCAGGAUAACAUCCACUUGUUUGGAGGCUCCAAAGAGAAAGUGACCAUCAUGGGAGAAUCUGCCGGUGGUGGUUCGGUACUCUUCCACUUGACUGCAGAGAACGGCAAGGGGGCAGGUCUGUUUUCCAAGGCUGUCGCGCAGAGCCCGGCCACUAUCCCUACUAUGCAGAUUGCAGCCGAUAGCUAUAGCCAGUUUCUGUCUUACCUCAACGUUAGCAGCUUGGAAGAGGCUCGUGCUGCGGAUUCACAAGCAGUUAUUGCUGCCAAUGCUGCGCAGAUUGGAGCGGCCCCUACCACGACAUACAUCUUUGGACCUGUGGUUGACGGCAAAUACAUCACUGGUUCGCCUACCAAGAUGAUCAAGGAGGGACAGUUUGACAAGUCGGUCAAGGUGUUGGCCGGGCACAACAUGUUUGAGGGCGCAUUUUUCUUUGAUCCUAACAUCACCACUGAUGCUGAAUUCAAGACUUGGACUAACCGGUCGUUUGCCGGACUUACGAGCAAGGAUGUCGACACGCUUGUCACUACGCUGUAUCCUCCGCAGUUUGAUGGGUCUCUGGGCUAUGUUGACCAAGACACUAGACAGAUGAAGCUGUGGAGUGAGGCUGUGAUUGAUUGCAACUAUUAUUGGAUCGGGCAUGCCGUCCAGAACACCGGAUAUGCUUACGAAUUUGGUGUCUCUCCAGGCUUCCACAUCCAAGAUCUCCAGUACACCUUCAACGACCCUUCCACUCCGGCUGCAUGGCCCAAGGCUCAAGAUGCUCUACAGGAGGCAAUCAUCACUUUUGUCCAGGGCGGCGUCCCCGAGUUUAGCAACCACAAGGCCUUUCCCCAUCUUGGAUCUCACGGCACUAUUGUGAACAUCACUGCUCAAGGGCCUGUUCAGACGACGAGCAGGGUUAAUGCAACUCGAUGUGAUUGGUGGGCAAACGUCUAUCAUUGA